UGUCUCAUUGGGGAGAUUUACCUUCAUUUCCUGUCCCAUAGCUGAAAAAGGAAGUGAGAGAAAAUCCCUUCAAAUUAAGGGAAUUCCUUGGGGGCCCCCAGGUCACCAGAACUAGUGUCCACAUUUUAAAUAUUUCCCUCUGUUACUUUUCUGGGGACAACACACAACUUUUGAGAGGUUUCUUUUACUUUCACACAGGGGCGGACUGACAACUCAUGGGGCCCCCGGGCAAUAGGGGAUCAUGGGGCCCUGUGUCCUUGCACAAACUCAAAAAAGCCUAUGAAAAAGGUACCAGGGGCAUCUCUUGGGGCCCCCUACUGACCACGGGCCCUCGGGCAGUGCCCGAGUUUCCAAAUGGUCAGUCCACCCCUGAACUC